AUGCCGCCGCGCCGGCGGGGAUCAUCGGGCUACCACGGCGUCCGCCUGCGCCCCUCCGGUGCCUACUACGUCGAGAUCCGGUCCGGUGACGUCCGCCUAGGCCUCGGCACAUUCGAGACCUCGCACGAGGCCGCCCGCGUGUACGACGCGGCGGCGUGGCGCCUAGGGAGGCCUCGCGCGCAGAUGAACUUCGACGACAUCUACACGUGCCAGCAGGCGCAGCGCGUCGCCCCUCCGCCUCGUCUGAUAACAGACCAGGACCGUGAGGACCACCAUCGGCUGCAGCGCCACCUCCUCAUCGUCGAGGAGGACGAGCAAGCCAUGGCGGAGUGGCGCCGGCACCACCCGGAGGACAUCGCCGCCAAGAACGCCUUCUGGGCGGAGAGGACAGCAAGGCACCGCGCGGAGCGUGCGGACAGGCGUCGGCGCAAGGCACUGGCCAUAUCGCAGUGCGAUCUCGUUGACGCAGGCGGGAAGUCAUUCUUCUCCGCUGACGAUGAACGUUGGGAUGACAUCUGGCUCGAUACCUUGGACAACACCACCGAGGAUGAUGAUGAUGAUGAUGAGGAGGAGGACGACGAUUGGGAGUAG